ACCCAGAUAGCUCUGAUACUUCUCCUACGUCGUCGAAUUCGACUGACGGCGAUAAUCAAGUACAAACUUGUACUAAAAAUAAUAAACAGAUGGAUACCAUUGUAUCGUGGAGUUCGAAAACGGGCAUGGGGAAAAUGGGUUUCUGAGAUCAGAGAACCACGAAAAAAAUCUCGGAUUUGGCUCGGCACAUUUUCUACUCCUGAAAUGGCGGCCCGCGCUCAUGAUGUCGCUGCCCUUAGCAUUAAGGGUUCUUCUGCUGUCCUUAACUUCCCGGAUCUUGCUUCUUCUUUGCCCCGACCAGUUUCCAAAUCUCCUCGCGAUAUUCAGCUCGCUGCUGCUAAGGCAGCCAAUCUUGAGUUUGACUUACUCAACAACAAUAAUAAUAAUAAUGAUAAUGAUAAUGACAGUAGCACAGCUGCAACUCUGAGUGCAGCCGUGCUAAAGGAAAAUAUUAAAGAGAUUAGUAGUUGUGGUGGUGGGGCCACUGAUGCAUCAUCAGCGGCACCUUGCUCACCAUCAACAUCGUCCGACGCAGAAUUAUCUUCGGACUCGAAUUCGACUGCAGUGAAUUCGAGUCCGACGACUGUGGCAAGUGAUGAGGAACAUUUAUUAGAGGAAAUAGUUGAGUUACCGAGUUUGGAAGAUGAAACUUGGUUUGACUCGGGCGAGAUUUUGGACAAGACUUGGUUAAUGUAUGAGUGUUUCGACUCGGAUCCUUUUAUUCAAUGCUGGGUAAAUAACGGAAAUAACAGUUCAAUGGAGGGGUAUUUUGGGGAACAAGGUUUGAGUUUUAAUACUUCCUGUUUUGACUCUUUGUUAUGGCUUCAUUAAAUGUUUAAUUUUUUUAUAUUGGAAAUAAUAUUAGUAGAACAAAAACAAGGCAUGUUCAACCCUCCUCCUUAAAUGGCAGGCUAUAUUUAGGGUAAUUAAUAACAAAAAUACUGGAUUUUUUUUUAUAUAAUUUAAUUUCCUUUUUAUAUUUUUCCCCUGCCCACCAUUUUUCCGGGGGAAAGAAUUUAGUGAUUGUGAUUACCAAUGAGAUUUUUUAAUAGGGAGUUACAAAGUCUCAACUGCUCAAUAGUUUAGUGUGUACUCAAUUAAGUACAUUUCUUACUACUUAUUUCAACAUUUGUUGACUCGUUUAUUAUAUUGACUACUUCUUGGUGAUUCAAA